AUGGGGCCUCACCGUGUGAUGUCCUCUCUGCAGGACAUGGUGACCUUCCCUGACGUGGCCGUGAGCUUCUCCCCCGAGGAGUGGCCGUGCCUGGACGCCUCUCAGAGGAACUUUUACCGAGACGUGAUGCUGGAGAUCUAUGACCACCUGCGGGCAGUAGGCCGUUGCGGGGUGAAGCCUGUGCUGAUCUCCUGGUUGGAAGGAGGAGCCCUCGAGCGGCUGCCAAGAGGUGUGCUGACAGCAGAACCAAAGCCAGAGAUCCAUCCGUGUCAGUUCUGCUUUCGCACCUUUUCCAGCCAGAAGUUCCUCAGUCGCCACAUGAAAUACAGUCAUCCCUCUCAGAUCCUCCCAGGAACGUCUGCAAGAAAGCACCUCCCGCCUGAGAAUUCCUAUCCACACGACCAGAAGCAAUGGCAACAGCAUUCUGAUCCAUACGGUGACGAAACAAGGAAUGCCAUGCUCGAAAGUCAGAAGCAAACAGAGAGCUCCGUUCCUUCGGCUAAGAAGACGACGCUGAAAGGAAUUUCAACAUCCCUCUCUCAGCUAUUUUGCAGUGAAAUUGUAAGUUCUGAUCCACUGAAGGAACUGGAGGAAGAAAUGAACCCAAGUCAGAAAGCCAAUGCAAAGGACGCAGGUAGUGUAUUUCCAGGGAUAGAAAUGCCCCAAAUUUUGGAAGACAAUCACACAAGAGCUAGGCACGAUUUCAGUGAUGACACAGAUCUCAUCAUACACCGGAGGACAGACACAGGGGAGAAGCUGUAUGUUUGCAGAGAGUGUGGACAAGGCUUCAGUCGGAGGUCCAAUCUCAUCAUCCACUUGAGGAUACACACAGGGGAGAAGCCGUAUGUGUGCGCAGAGUGUGGACGAGGUUUCAUCGACAUAUCGAGCCUCGUGAGGCACCAGAGGUCACACACGGGGGAGAAGCCCCAUAUUUGCAUGGAGUGUCGUCGAGGCUUCAGCCAGAGGUCACACCUCAUCAUCCACCAAAGAAUACACACGGGGGAGAGGCCCUACGUUUGCGGGGAGUGCGGGCGAGGCUUCAGCCAGAUGUCCAGCCUCAUCAUCCACCAGAGAAUACACACAGGGGAGAAGCCGCAUCUCUGCAGAGAAUGCGGGCGAGGCUUCAGUCGGAGUUCCAACCUCAUCACGCACCUCAGGACACACACCGGGGAGAAGCCCCACGUCUGCAAGGAGUGCGGGCGAGGCUUCAGCGACAAGUCGGGUCUCCUCAGGCACAAGAAGACGCACUCGGAGGAGAAGCCGCACAUCUGCAUGGACUGCGGGAAGGGCUUCAGCCAGAGGGCCAACCUCAUCAGGCACCAGACGACGCACACAGGGGAGAAGCCACACGUUUGCAGGGAGUGUGGGAGACGCUUCAGUGAGAGGGCGCAACUGGUCAUCCACCAGAGGACACACACAGGGGAGAAGCCCCAUGUUUGCAGAGAGUGUGGACGAGGCUUCAGUCAGAGGUCAGCUCUGGUAGGCCACCAGAGGACACACACAGGCGAGAAGCCGCACGUUUGCAGAGAGUGUGGGCGAUGUUUCAGUCAGAGGUCAGCUCUGGUAGGCCACCAGAGGACACACACAGGGGAAAAGCCCCAUGUGUGCAAAGAGUGUGGGCGAGCUUUCAUUCGGAGGGCGCAGCUGGUCAUCCACCAGAGGACACACACGGGGGAGAAGCCCCACGUUUGCAGGGAGUGUGAGCGAGGCUUCAGAGAUCUGUCCAGUCUCAUCAAGCACAAGUGGACACACACAGGGGAGAAGCCCCACGUCUGCGGAGAGUGUGGGCGAGGCUUCAGCCAGAUGUCGCAUCUCCUUAUCCACCAGAGGACGCACACGGGGGAGAAGCCCCACGUUUGUAGAACAUGUGGGCGCAGCUUCAACUUGAAGUCAGAUUUCCUCAGACACCAGCGGACACACACAGGAGAGAAGCCUUAUGUUUGCGAGGAGUGUGGGCGAGGCUUCAGUCAGAGGUUUAAUCUCAGCACACACCAGAAAACGCACACAGGGGACAAGUCCCAUGUCUGCGGGGAGUGUGGGCGAGGCUUCAGUCAGAGGUCACAUCUCCUCGCACACCAGAGAACGCACACAGGGGAGAAGGCCUAUAUUUGCAAGGAGUGUCUGUGAGGCUUCAGACAUCGGUCAAAUCUCGUGACACACCACACGGGAGAAGUCUUAUAUUCGCGAGCAUUGUGGUUGUGGGUGCAGCCGUAG